GCCCUGGUGCCAAGCAGUUUCUUGGGUGGCCCGGUACCCGUCUAUGGCCUGGAGCGAGAGCAUUUGGAAGAGGAUCUCUCCAAUCCGCUGUACCGCCCCUUGCCGAAGGAGGAGGACGAGGAGUGGAAGCUGCUCGUGAGGUGUGGUGGCGCCGGAGAGGUUGCGGACACAGCGGAGGAGCAACAGGAACGCUACUUCACCGAGAAUCCCAUGUCGCCUGAGACGCAUCCAGGGCGCGAUGAGUAUAUGGACGUAAAGCCGGAUAUAGUGAUCACCUGCAGCAUCGACUACCUCAUACGCACCUGGGACGCCAGCAACGACUUCAAGCCACUGCAGGAGUUUGAAGGGCAUUUGAACUUCGUGAACCAAGUCGUGCCUUAUCGCGAGGACCAAAUCCUGUCGUGCAGUGACGACUACACCUGCCGUCUGUGGAAGAUUGCUGUCUGGAACUCCAAGGAGCUUCCAGCUGAAGCGGAUGCAGAGGAGCGGAUCCCCUCCGGCGAGCUUCUCUUCACGUACUGGAUCAAUAUGUUCCCUAUGAAGGCAGUUUGUGCGUUACCUGGGCAGCGGGCUGCAGUUGGUGGGCUGGACAAGACUGUCAGGAUCUUCAGCCUGGUGACGGGCUGCACGCUCUUCAGGAUGACGGGCCACCGCGACGCCGGCCCUGAAAGGAGCUUCUUCCAACUCGAGGGCUGCGGAGCGAUUUGGUGCUUCCUACACCUCAGGGACAACUUGAUUGUCUCGGGCUCAGACGAUGCCACCGUGCGCUGUUGGGACAUCGACACCGGCUCCUCACUGUGCACGAAAAUCGGGCACAUGGGCUACGGCGAGGAUAUUGGCGAACCGGGCAUUGGCUGGAAGUUGUCGGAGAGGUUUGCAACCGUCCUCAAAAUGUGCCACUUGGGCAAGGACGGGCGUCAGUUUGCCACCUGCUCCUACGACCGGACCGUGGUCAUUUGGGAUGCCUCCUCGCCGACUGACUUGCAGGUUCUGCGAAGGUGGAAAGCACACGGGAACGGCAUCCUCUCCGUUUGCUACGCAGGGAAAGGCGUCAUAGCCACCUGCUCCGGUGACAAGACCGUGAAGAUUUGGGACUGGACCACUGCAGAGAUGCUCGGCGAGACGAAGACACGAGGAAUCGCAAACGACGCGUGCAUGGUGGACGAGGACCGCAUCUUCAUCGCCGGCGGUGAUGCCACGAUUCGCAUCUACAACUGGAAACAGGACAAGGAUGAGAAGCAGUUCUAUGCGCACGACAUGACCUUGCAGGGAUGUGCGCCGGUCUGCAAGUCGAGGAGGGACGAUCCGAAGAACUGGACGAAGGACCCGAUCAUGUACUUGAAUCUGAAGUAUCCCGAGAACGAGGCAGAUAGCAAGGCAGCGCUGGAAACGAUGAGGAAAGUCCUGUACAAUGCGCUGCACUACACCUCCCUCGGCUGA